AUGGCCCAGAAAAUAAUGACAGAUCCCCAAUUCUCAUCGGUAAUAAGAUACUCGCUCUAUUUUGGGGCAGUAUUCAAGCUCGUGACCUUCUUAUUCAACCAGUUGUUAAUCAAGUUUGUGCCUCCUUCGUACUUGGCCUUCAACAACUUUUUGGAGUUUCUAAUAAACUCCAUCACCUUUUUUGCGGCUGAGGGGAUCAGGCUUUCUUGUCAAAGAAUUCCUAAUGCUAAUAAGAAGUCUUCUGAAGAGACAAAACCUUUGCUAAUAUCAAAUACUUACGAAGGCUCGUCACAAUCAAUAAUAAAUCUCUCAUAUUUGCCCUUGGUACUAGGAGUGCCAAUAUCUUCAGUUAUCAUCUACUUACAGUUUGGGAAUUUCACCGAGUAUUUCCAAGAAAAUGAUGGAAUUGUCUCUACUUUGUUGCUUGGUAGCAAAAAUUUGCAAAUUUCCGUGAUUGUGGUGACAACUGGGGUUUCCAUCAUGCUUAAUUUGUUGACCGAGCCAUUCUACAACCUUGUGAAUUACAAUUCGCAAUUCCACUUGAGAACCAAAUACGAAUCAACCGGGUUGAUCGUCAAUUGCUUCUUCAAUUUCUUGACCAUUGCCACCGCGAAGAAAUUGUGUACCUCCAACCCCCGGGUGUUUGAUGAAUUGGCGAUUUUGAUUUUCGCUCUUGGAAAAUUAUUUUAUAGUAUCACCGUGUAUCUAUUAUAUUAUCAAAACUACCAGAAAAAUGAAAUUCCUAUGGUCAGGUUGACUCCUCAAAAAAUUAUCAACAAAGAUGAUAAUUCCUACUACUUUGAUAAAUAUAUUCUCAAUUACUGGAAAACGAUUUUUUUGCAAAUGAUUUUCAAGAAUUUCUUAACCGAAGGUGACAAAUUCAUAUUCAAUUAUUUUUUCGAUUUGAACCAGCAAGGGAUUUACUCGAUCAUCAAUAACUAUGGAAGCUUGAUCACCAGAUUAGUCUUCAACCCAAUCGAAGAAAGUUUGAAGUUGAUUUUAUCCAAAAUGUUCACUGCUACCGAUGAUAAAAAUAAAAAAAAUAGUACCCAAAGCUCGAUGAAGAUCAUUCGGUUGAUUUUGAAAUUUUACAUAUAUUUGACAUUCGUCUUGGUGUUAUUUGGGUACUUCAACGCCCCAUUUUUGGGGGAACUUUUCUUCACCAAGAUCAUCAAGGUGUCAUGGUGGAAUGCCAACGCCAGUACCGUGAAAAGUCUUAUCACAUUUUACGUGAUUUAUCUCCCGUUCUUAGCGAUUAAUGGGAUUUUCGAAGCGUUUUGUCAAAGUAUAUCCACCGAUGAAUCAAUCAAAAAAUACAGUUAUUUCUUGAGUGUUUGUUCGUUAGUGUUUUUCGGAAAUUGUUAUUUAUUCAUCGAAGUUUUGCAACUUCAAUUGGCGGGGCUAGUCAUCAGUAAUAUCGUCAAUAUGGGGUUAAGAAUCUUUUAUUGCUCUAUAUCUAUUAAGAACUUCUACUCGACGGCAGGAAGUGUCAAGGUUUUUGAUUUCAACGAUAUUAUUGGCAAUUGGAAAUUAUUUCUCGGGGUAUCGAUUGGGGUUCUCAGUAUUCAAAUCCAAUUAAACGGGAUCACCCAAAGUUUCACAGGAUUAUUGAAAAAUUUGGGAAUCGCGGUGUUCUAUGUUGGAUUCAUUAUCUACAAUGAAAGAUCGCAACUAAUACCCUACUUCAGCAAAUUCCAGAGGAAAUAA